AAAGAAGCACAAGAAGAAUAUGUUGAUAAGAUAAAUGAGAACGUGGACAACACGUGUCAAAUCAUACAGAAACCAUCACAUUAAAUUAACUUCUCGUGUCAAACAAAAAGUUUGGAUUGUUGAACAUGUGAAGCCUUUUACAUUUAAAAUCUGACUCAUGAAAAUACAAGUCAACAGAAAACUGUGCUAAAUGCUCUUCUAGGCGGCGCCAUCUUGUGGUGAGAAACUACCGCUAGUUUUAACCGUACGAGUCAAAGUGAACUUUAUUAAUCCUUCAGCUCAUUGUCAAACAUACAUUCAACACACAAACACGGGACUGAAAUCAUCCGCCAAUCAGUGUUUCCGCAGCCGUCGCUAAUCACGGAGGAAGAGGAAGCAGCUGUUCUCACGCUGCCUCUCAAACACCUCCGACAGAAAUUAUGGCCAAAAAUAACUUGGUCACUGACGCCCAAAACCUGGAAUCCUGUGGGGCAGUGGGGGAUGGAGACUCCGCUCAAGUCAAAACAGGUCAGUACCCAGACAAAUGUGGAGUGAUCUCUGCAAUACAGCACCCACCCACUGCUGCAGCUUUCUCAAAGACUGACUCUGCCCCUGCCCCACCUAAAGUCCUCCCCACUGGUCGGAGCCAGCAGCCUACAUCAGUUCCAGGGCCUCAGACGUCCUCUCCCUCUGUCGUGGUAGCAAAGGUAGCCACCCCAGGAGGAGUCAAUGCUAACAGACAACUACAGGUAACAAAACCUGCUCUGAGCCAGGUGGCCCCCAUGAACCAGGCCACGACCCCAGGGAGGACGGUGGUGAUAACUGUACCCAGGACAGCAGCUCCACAGCCAGUUGCCGUAGCCCCUCGCCUGCCACAGACCACUGCCUCUCAACUCCCAGCCAAUAUCCACAUACCCCCAGGUAUGAUGUUGAUCCGCAGUGACAGUGGACAGCUGAUGCUCGUAUCCCAGCAAGCUUUGGCACAAGCUCAGCAGGGACCAAGAGUUGCCAGUGGUCAAGCACCCAGAAUUCUGACCCAUAAGGUGUCUACAGCAGCUGGAAGUAAAAGCAAUGAGAAGGUGACAGUGAUCACGAUGGCGGCCCCUACCAGUCUGCAGCCAGCGCCUGUCCAGACAGCUGUUGUGAAGGUUAUUAGUGUAGCUCCCAAACCGGCUGUAGUCCAGACCCUGAGUGCUGUUUCUGAGCGGGGGAGCCAGCUUCGCAUGCAGGCGGCUGUCACAGAAACGAUAAAGGAACCUCCAACCACGUUCAGUCAGCAGGAGACUCUGGAAAGUGUGAAGAAGUGCAAAAACUUCCUGGUGACUCUGAUCAAGCUGGCCUCCAGUGACUCCAGGUCUGCCAACAUGGCUAACAACGUCAGGGGGCUGGUCAGGAGUCUGUUGGAAGGGAAGCUAGAGGCAGAGGAGUUUACAGAGCAGCUGUAUCAUGAGCUGAAGUCCACUCCACAGCCGUGCUUGGUGCCUUUCCUCAAGAAAAGUAUUCCUGCAGUCCGUCGUCUUACUGCAGACCCUCAGUUAUUUAUUCAACAGGCUUCAACCUCCGCCCGCAACCCCAGUACUUCCAGCAUGAAGCCGUCCAUCACUGAUACAGGACAAACCCUCCAGAGCAGCCAGCAGGUUAUUCAACAACCUCGAGGAGUGAUUCUGAGACCUGGGUUGACUGCAUUAACCCCGUCCAGAAAUUACUUAUCUAAGAGCAACAGACCCAACCCCAAGCACACAGUGAUCCAGUCAGGAAAACACUUCACAGGAACUUUUUUGAUGAGGCCGCCUUUCACUCAGGAUCCACCUCAUUCUACAAAAUCUGCAUUCAAGGACUGUUCAGGAUCUUACAAAGAAGAUGAUGACAUUAAUGACGUAGCCUUCAUGGCUGGAGUGAACCUGAGGGAGGAGAAUGCACAGAUCUUGACCACCAUGGUUGGCUCUGUGGUGCAGUCGUGCCAGGAUCAGCCCUUCCUCUCACCUAACACAGUACUCAGCAGAAUCCUUCACACAGGGCAGGCACUGGGAGUAACUGAUGUUGGUCCGGAGGUGGUUGCUCUAGUUUCUCAUGCUACUCAGGAGUGUCUCCGUGGACUGCUGGAAAGACUCGCUGUGAUGGCAGAGCACCGCAAGACAGUCCUGAAGGAGGACCUGUGGUAUGCCAAAGUGAGUGAUGUACGGUCUCAGCUUCGCUUUAUGGAGGAAGUGGAGAGUUUGAACAAGAAGAGGAAAGAUGAAGAGGAGAGAGAGAGACUGCAGCGUUUUGCAAGAAGUCGCUCACACACUGAGGAUCCAGAGCUUCAACAACUCAAGCAAAGGGCCAAAGAGUUACAGCAUAUAGAAGAAGCUCAGCUGCAGCAGAGAGAGGCCAACCUGGCUGCCCUGGCUGCCAUCGGCCCUCGCAGGAAGAGACCUGUGGAGCACACCGAGAGCCAGGUACCGCUGCUGUCCACCAGACUGGGGGUUCACAGAGUGACCCGGGUGAUGUUGAAGGACUUGCUGCUGUGCUUGGAGCAAGACUCUUCAGUCCGUCACUCUCUCACUAUGUACAGAGCAAUGCUCUGAUUACAGCACUUCAAACAAAUCAGUUUGUAAUACCCAGGUUUGGGAAAUUUUUCUUUUGUGCUGUUUAUUUCAGUAUCUCUAUGUUGUAUGGUGCUAAUGAGUCUUUAAUAGCACUUAAAGUUUUGAUUUUGAUGUUGUUUGUUUCUUUGAGAAGAAAGAUUUUCAUGUGUAGAAAUAAAGCUCUGCUUUUACUGACUCUCAAAGUUUGUUUCUCAACUGUAUUUUGAGUUUAUCAUUAUUCUGCAUUUUUGUUGGACCAUUAAAAAGUUGUGAAUUCAUCACA